AUGGGUAUCACUUUGUGUUAUCGUGGUGCAAAUGAACUUUUGGCUAGUCUCACGAUUGCACCAACUCUUGUAUCUCGAAUCAAAGAAGCUCAACAAGAGGAUGGAGAACUAUGGGCUAUCUUACAAAAGGCUAAAGAUGAUUUACAGUCUAAUUUUCGAGUUAAUGAUAAAGGUAUUAUCUGGUUCUCUAAUCGACUUUGUGUACCCGACAAUCCUGAACUCAAAAAAGCAGUUAUGAGUGAAUCUUAUAAUUCGUUAUUCUCAAUUCAUCCCGGAUCCACUAAGAUGUACCGAGAUCUAAAACAAUACUUUUGGUGGAACGGACUACCGAAAAAUCAAAGACGACCUGAUGCUAUAUGGGUAGUAGUUGACCGUUUGACAAAAUCAGCUCAUUUCCUACCUAUACAGGAGACGUACCCUGUUAGUAAACUGUCCGAUCUAUUCCAGCGGGAAAUCGUGAGGUUACAUGGCACGCCAGUUUCUAUCACAUCGGACCGAGAUCCGCGAUUCACUUCUCGAUUCUAA